GCCAUCGCCAUUCGCCGCGACACACUAUUUGGUCCUCAAUCAAACGUCCGAAAUAUCUAGUCAACAAAAACUCAACUGUUCCUUCUUCUGUCCGCGGGCCCAUCCUUGAGGAAUUUCCAUCUCCUGUUCCCAAAGCUCCACACCUCUCCAUCUGGACACUCCGAGUCGGCCAGCCCUGACUCGCAGUUACCCACACGCGCCAAACAUGGCCUUUGGACUUUGGACCUCCAAGCUGUCGGCGGAAAAGUCAGCAGAGGUGGCGAAUCAGUUCUUCAACGCCAUCGAGUCCGGCGACUUCGCCAAAGUCGCGGACAUAUUCGCUGCCGACGCGGAGAUCUGGCACAAUCCGGACGAGGUCGUCGUCCCACCGACGACAACGCUACGGACACUCAAGGCCAUGCACAAGUACAUAGCCAACAUCAAGUACGAGAACAAGCAGGUGCGGUCAUGGCCUGGGGGGUUUGUGGAGCAGCACGUCCUCUCGGGCGUGAGGAAGGUGGACGGAGGAAAAGUUCGCCUGCCUGCAUGUAUAGUGUGUGAGGUGAACGCGGAAGGCAAAAUCACCAGGCUGGAUGAAUACUUUGAUUCUGCUGCCCAGAACCUGUUUUCGAGACCUCCUGCAAAAGCAAAGAUGUGACGGGCGCGAGACGGGUAACUCUUGUUAUGGGGUUUAAGGAGGCUGGAGCCCGGUGUCUAGCAAAUUUUUACUCGAUUUACUUUUUACCAAAAAAGAGGCAAAGCAUGCGGUUAACCUUUGAUG